AUGCUCCUCUCUCAUCUAGUCCCCUUUCCAUUGUCCUUUUCCCCAUUCCGAUCCCCGCGUUACGACACAACUGCUGCCCCCCUACCCUCCUCUCUGCUCCCUCCUCUCGCGUGCGCCCUCUCCUCUCGCAUGCGCCCUCUACUCUUGCGUGCGCUCUUCCUCUCGCGUGCGCCCUCUCCUCUCGCAUGCGCCCUCUCCUCUUGCGUGCGCUCUUCCUCUCGCGUGCGCCCUCUCCUCUCGCGUGCCCUCCCUGCUCACACGCCUCCCCUCCUCACACGCCUCCCCUCCUCACACGCCUCCCCUCCUCACACGCCUCCCCUCCUCGCACGCCUCCUCUCCUCACACGCCUCCCCUCCUCACACGCCUCCCCUCCUCACCGCCAAGUCAUUUUCAGGCAAGGUGGAGGCAGUAGACAAGGCAGAGGCAUCAGCGCAAGAGAAGCCGAAGAAGAAGAUAUGCUGUGCGUGCCCCACGACCAAGAAGCUGAGGGACGAGUGCCCCCCCCUGACCCCCACUGGCCCCCUAUGUUCCCCUUCUCCCUGCCCUCCCUUUGUGCCCCUCCACUUGUGCCCUCCACGUGUUGCUCUGACAACCUGGAAGUCGCGCGACGCCGCGUCCUGCAUCGCCCUCAGCAGCCUCCUCCCUAAGUCUGAGAAGAUCCACUUCACCCUGGUUCGCACUGCAAGCGAGUUCCUGAUUGUGAUCAAGGCCCGCUACUCCACUCCCACCACUAUCUCUCUUGGUUGCCUAUUCCUCCCGUUCCUAUUUCCUGACCUCGCCUCCUGCCCACCUUUACUGCCUCCCUCGCCGCUACUGCAACUGACAAGACCGCGGCUGCUGACACGACUUAUGCACGGUCUAGAGUUAGGAGUGGCAGGAGGGGCGGCCAGGGUGCAGCCAGCAGCGGAGGUGGCGUGGCGAGUGGUGGUGGCGGGAGUGCAGGUGUUGGUGGAGCGCCUCGUGCAACUUCUAGUGGCUCCCCUUUUGCAGCUGGUGGAGGUGACGCUCGGGUUCGUCGUGCACUUGCGGCACUGCCAGCUGCAGGUGCUGGGGUGGCGGCCUGGUACCUAG